ACGGUUACGUUAGCUUACAUGUAGCUCUCUAGACGCGGGGUGUAGUAUAGCAACGACGAGGGGAUUCGUCGUAAACGUGGAGGUAGUUGGAAUUCUUGUGAUUCUUGUAACUGGGUUGUUUAGACUGGAUGUAACAAAGGCUAACGACGUUUUUAAAAGGAGGACACGACUUCUUUUUCCCCCACUUAACUAGGACACAGUAUCAAAACUCGGACCUACUUUGUGCCGAGCAUUACAUGUUGUGCCAGUUUGAUUAGGCUAUCGAACGAGAUGGCAGAGGCAGCUUCGAACACCAAGUCUUCGCCAAAGGAAAACAGGCCCGGGUUUAUCGACCUUCUAAAGCGUCUGCUGGACGAAAAUCAAACCGGCGGCCUGAAAUGGCUUGACCGGGGUCAAAACAUCUGGCAGUUGCCAUGGCGACAUCACAAGCCGACAAAAUGGGGCGAUCAGGAUGCGGACAUGUUGUUCAAGUUUUACAAACUUUACAACACGGCGAAUAAGUUUACCCCCGAUAAUGCACCCCGUCCCGAUGACCUGAAGAAAUGGAAGGAAAAUUUCAGGAACUCCUUGAGAAGUCUCGGGGUGAAAGAAUUAGUGAAGCACCGCAAUCAAGAAGGACCGAACCCGUUCAAAGUCUACCAGUUUAGUGAUGAACCCUUGGGUGUUAAGAAAAGUCGAAGAAAAUCUCCGGACUCGGUGCGUACGGUCAGCGAGAUCAACAGUGAUGCUUCCAGUACAGGGAGUGAGGGCUCCGACGAUGGGGUUCUGCAAGAGAACAUGUCUUUUCUCAGCUUCAGAAGCCGCAGUCCUUUCCGUGAUUUCAGCGAUAUCGAAACGGACGGGUUUUCCGGUGACUUGAAUGGCCCGGUUAUGGGACAAGCGCUAGGACAUAAUGCUGCUACUUAUCUCGAGAAUGUUUUUUUGCCAACUUCCGGGGUUCAGAACUUCAAAUCCGUUCAGAGCUCUCAUCCUACGGUGCGACCUGCUACUCAAUUCACCGCUGGUCCAUUGUUUUGUAACGAUGUAAACCCUAUCAACAUCACCCCUGUCUCAACUCAGGCCUACACUACUGCUUUUGCUCCAAACGGACAAUCCGUGUCAGCAACAGCAUAUCAGAACACCGUGUCAGGUGCGAAUGGGUUUGUACUUGCUACAGAUUCGACACUGCAAUCAAACAAGCUUGUUAAUAUAACCACGGGUACAGCUAAUGCGCCGUAUCAAGUCUACAACAACGUAGACCGUGAAGAUUUACAUCAGUACCCAAACGGUUUGAACGGGCACACCAACGGCAACAACAUCCCGGCAGCUAACGGUUUUGUUCCGGCUCCGCAUCUCUCGACCUGCGGGUCAGCUUUCAACAUAGAUAGCAAUUUAGACCUACACAACCCACAGGAAAGGAACAAUACAGAAUACAACAGCUGGAGUGAAAUAGUUGCAUUCUUAGACCAACUGGACAACCCAAAUAGACUUUCCGAACAUGCGAACAGUUCGAAUUCUCCAGCAAACCUACCCUUGUUUGAGAAUCUGACCUCGAUGAAUUCUGAUACAUUUCCGGGGAACAUGUCGAUCAAUGCGGGUGAUCUAAAUACCCGCAGCGAGCGUAGACCUCCAGAAACUGCUAACGGUGCAAACGCCGAUACUUUGGCGCAUUUUCUUACGCUCCCAGUAAGUUUGUCUCUGCAACCUUGCAUGAAAAUUAAAGUCAAUUACUACUGUUUUACCGCGUUGACCCAGGACAUUCUAGAACCGAGCAUUAAAAUAUGCUUCGUACCAAACGACAAUUUCAGAGCAGUCAGCGAACGGAGCCCGGAUAGUUUUGGUCCACUUGAGCCGAUUGUGGAACUACCCCACGUGACCCGUUGCCCCGAGCUGCAGCCUGAUCAGAUGAGAGACAUCGGCGCCAUUUUGGAGAACAUCAAAGGCGGCGUGCGAAUCCGUUACCACAAGGGGGAUAUCUACGCCAAGCGAUUCAGCAAGGCCGUGCUCCACCAUUCCAUACCCUAUGUGACGCCAUAUAAGAAACUUAACAGGGACGAGAAAUACGAAAAAAUAUUUGAUUUCAAUCAUUUCAAAAACAACAUCUCUCUCUACCCCACACCAUAUGUGCAGUUGUCGUUUAGCGUCAAAGAGCCGGAAAAACUUAUAACGCAGUUAUUGUCGAUAGAAAUUUGGCAUCUUGAAGCUAGCAGGAUCAUACAAAACGCUAACCCGCCGAAUACCAGCCUUUUCCCUUAUGAACCCGAGUGUUCACUUUCAAAUGAAUUUGACAGAAAGCUGAGUAUCGCUGAGAAAAUGACGAAUUCCUGCCCAGCCUGAAAAAAAAAUAGUUUGAAUCGUGCCUAACUUUGGUAAAGUUUUCAAACGGAAGAGUUAACUUUCAAAAGACAUUUUUUCCCGGUGACCCAACGGCGCAGUCCACUCUUUAUUGGAUCUGGAAGAUCUUAAAGAUCAAUAUUUGUUUGCCGUAGUAACCAGAUUUUGUUUAUGUGUUGAUA